GGGGGGGAGAGGAGAGGCUCUCUCUCUCUCCACCCCGCCCCACUUCCACCACUCCUCUUUUCCUGAACCCCUGUCAGACUAGUACAGACGACCACCCUACCACGCGUCGACGCUUGACACGACUCUUUCAUGGGGUUCACACACAGGCUGGACACACGGCCCAACACUGCUGUAGUGUUGCAUUUUUGUACGUUUCUACUGAGGAGCAUUAUUUAUUUGAGCCAAAGGACUGUAGAAUAACGUACCAGCGUGGAGCCUGCAGGACCGAAAAGGCGCACAAGAUGAAUAGCGGGCACAGUCCUUGUCUCUCCCCUCUUGAUUUACAAACCAAAUGCCAUUAUCAUCUCAGCUGCCAGGAGGGACUGCCCAAGUGAGACCAGGAAGAAGAGCCCCUUGAUCAGAGGGGCCCGUUAAAUGUUGAACUAGAAAAUUAGGACAAGUCAAUUAGGGACUGAAGGCUGCCUCGUACACAGGCCCAGCUCCAAUGUAACGCUUCUUGCUGCCAUGGUACAGAAGAUUACCUCAUCUAGAGAAACAGCAGACGGAAGAAUCUAUUCAGCCAAGCUCAGUUUCAAUAAUUAGUUAUCACACCAUGGAGUCCCACAGCAGGGAUGACAUGGACUUGAAAGAGGAAACUGCACAGGUGUGGUCUGAAUCAGCUGAGCAGGAACAGAAUACUGCUCAGGUUCACUUUGUCCCCGAAGGUGGAACUGUGGCUCAGAUUGUGUACAGCGACGAUCAGGACCGGCCUCCACAACAGGUGGUCUAUACGGCUGAUGGCACUUCCUACACCUCGGUGGAUACUUCGGAGCACACGCUGGUUUACAUCCAUCCUGUGGAAGCCACUCAGACUCUAUUUACGGACCCAUCUCAAGUGACUUAUGUCCAGCAGGAUGCAGGUACACAGCAGGUGUCGAUACCAGUGCAUAGCCAGGUUUUGCCUCCUAUGGAGGUUGUGGAUGAUUCUGGUCCUCUAGAAACUUUGCAGAAUCCAAUGGAUAGUAUGGAAGCAAAGGAGGAAAAUGAUGAGGAUGAGGAUGAGGAUGAUGAGGAAGAUGAAGAUGAGGAGGAAGAGGAAGAAGAGGGGGAAGAUACAGACAUGGAUGAAUGGGAUCCAGAUCCACCUCGUCCCUUUGAUCCAAAUGAUCUUUGGUGUGAAGAGUGUAAUAAUGCACAUCCCUCAGUUUGCCCCAAACACGGACCCCUGCACCCAAUCCCCAACCGACCAGUACUGACAAGAGCGAGAGCCAGCCUCCCGCUGGUGCUUUACAUAGACAGAUUCCUGGGAGGAGUAUUCUCCAAACGACGCAUUCCCAAGCGCACGCAGUUUGGCCCUGUGGAAGGACCUCUGGUCAGGCAGUCGGAACUUAAAGACUGCUAUAUCCAUUUGAAGGUGUCCCUUGAUAAGGGUGACCGAAAAGACCGGGACCUACAAGACGAUCUCUGGUUUGAGCUGUCCAGUGAGGCUCUGUGCAACUGGAUGAUGUUUGUCCGCCCUGCCCAGAAUCACCUGGAGCAGAACUUGGUCGCCUACCAGUACGGCCAUCAUAUUUAUUACACUACAAUCAAAAACGUUGAGCCCAAACAGGAACUCAAGGUCUGGUAUGCUGCCUCCUACGCAGAAUUUGUCAGUCAGAAGAUCCAUGAUAUAUCUGAAGAGGAAAGGAAAGUUCUCCGAGAGCAAGAAAAAAACUGGCCCUGUUACGAAUGUAACCGACGGUUCAUGAGCUCGGAACAGCUUCAGCAGCACCUCAACUCCCAUGAUGAAAAGCUGGAUUUCUUCAGCAGAGCAAGAGGCAGAGGACGUGGACGAGGAAAGCGAAGAUUUGGACCAGGCAGGCGACCGGGUCGCCCUCCCAAAUUCAUGCGCUUGGAAGUUACCAGUGAGAAUGGGGGGAAAUGUGCAGAAGGAACACAGGACUUGCUGCAUUUCUCCAGCAAGGGGCAGUUUGAAGAGGCUGGACAAGCCCCGCUGAAUGGGCUGGACCCACCAGAGCAGACACCAGUGCCGCCAGAGACACCAGCACCCUUGGAUCAGCAGCCUGAGAACCAUCCGUUGCAGCUCCAGCCUCACGAACAGACUGUGGUGCCCACCCAGAGCACGAUGACAGCAGAUGACAUGCGCAGAGCGAAGCGUAUCCGGAAUGCGGCCCUCCAGCACUUAUUCAUCCGGAAGUCAUUCCGACCCUUCAAAUGUCUGCAUUGUGGGAAGGCAUUCCGUGAUAAGGACAAGCUAGACCAGCACUUACGGUUCCACGGGAGGGAAGGAAACUGUCCUCUGACAUGUGACAUCUGCAACAAAGGCUUCAUUAACAGCAGUGCCUUGGAGAGCCACAUGAAGUUCCAUUUAGACCAGAAGACCUAUUCCUGCAUUUUCUGCCCAGAGUCCUUUGACCGCUUGGACCUUCUAAAAGACCACGUGGCGAUCCACGUCAACGAUGGCUGUUUCACCUGCCCUACCUGCAAAAAGCGCUUUCCAGAUUUUAUCCAGGUAAAGAAACAUGUGCGCAGCUUCCAUUCAGAAAAGAUUUACCAGUGUACAGAGUGUGACAAGGCUUUCUGCAGGCCCGACAAGCUGCGUCUCCACAUGCUGCGGCACUCGGACCGCAAGGACUUCCUGUGCUCUACAUGCGGCAAGCAGUUCAAGAGAAAAGACAAGCUUCGGGAGCACAUGCAAAGAAUGCACAACCCAGAAAGAGAAGCCAAGAAAGCUGACCGAAUUAGCCGCUCCAAAACCUUCAAGCCACGGAUAGCCUCUACCGACUACGAGAGCUUCAUGUUCAAGUGUCGCCUCUGCAUGAUGGGCUUCCGGAGGCGAGGCAUGCUGGUGAAUCAUUUAUCAAAGCGACAUCCAGACAUGAAAAUAGAAGAGGUGCCAGAGUUAACACUGCCCAUCAUCAAGCCCAACAGAGAUUAUUUCUGUCAGUACUGUGAUAAGGUUUACAAGAGCGCCAGCAAACGCAAAGCCCACAUUCUGAAAAACCACCCAGGUGCCGAGCUUCCUCCAAGUAUCCGAAAGCUCCGUCCCGCAGGCCCGGGAGAGCCAGAUCCCAUGCUGAGUACACACACGCAGCUGACGGGCACAAUAGCCACACCGCCAGUUUGCUGCCCUCACUGUUCCAAGCAGUACAGCAGUAAGACCAAGAUGGUGCAACAUAUUCGCAAGAAACACCCAGAGUUUGCUCAGAUCCCCACGAAUACGAUACACGUGCCACUGACAACAGCUGUCAUCAGUACUGCCCCCGCAGUUUUAACUGCAGACAGCAGUGCUGGGGAGACCGUCGUGACGACAGAUCUGCUGACCCAAGCGAUGACAGAAUUGUCACAGACACUGACAACUGACUACCGGACCCCGCAGGGCGAUUACCCACGAAUCCAGUACAUCCCCGUGUCUCAGUCCACAGCCGGUUUGCAGCAGUCUCAACACAUACAGUUGCAGGUCGUCCAAGUGGCUCAGGCUACCUCACCUCACCAGUCCCAGCAUUCCACAGUGGACGUUGGGCAGCUGCAUGAUCCUCAGGCAUACACCCAGCAUGCUAUCCAAGUGCAGCACAUCCAGGUUGCAGAAUCCACUCCUGCAGUCCAGUCGUCCUCACAGGUGGGAAGUCAGCCCUUAAGCCCUUCUUCUCAGCAGUCUCAGCAGGAGCUUAGCCCUUCCCAGAUGCAGGCAACCACUUCCUCACAAAGCCAAACUCUCCAAACGCAGCAGCAAGGCUCCUCAGUCCAGCAAACUUAUAUCCCUGGCACGUGGAACUCCUUCCGAAACUAUUCCUCUGAGAUUCAGAUGAUGACUAUUCCACAAGGUCAAUAUGUGAUUGCAGAAACAUCUGUAGGUACUCCUGUCACUACAGUGAACACAGGGCAAGUGAAAACAGUCGCCCAGACACAUUAUGUAAUAGCUGAAGGUCAACCUGAACUGGAUGUAAAGCCAAACCUAUCACUUUCCAGUGCUGUAGAAGUGGGCUUGCCUCAACCAUCACCACAUUCUGACUCCUUGGAAUCACAAACAGCCAGUCAGCAGCAAACGACACAAUACAUCAUUACGACAACUACCAAUGGUGACGAAAGCAGUGAUGCACACAUUGAAAAGCCAUGAAUUUCUUUUGUGGCAGCUGAAUGAAGAAACCCAGUUGGAUCAGCUGACUUAAAGGCAGAGUCCUUAAUGUGUCGGGCACCAAGAGUUGUUUUUCAUUGUACAUCUUGAAGUUCUGCAUCUCUUACUGAUGCUUUACAGAAUUUCAAGUCUAAAUGACACCUAAAAAGAGACACUCACAAGCCCUUUUGGGAUGCCACCAUCUUUUGGAGCCCUUGAACAAAGAAUGGAGAAAGAAAAUGGAAUCUAAGCUUCUAUGAUUUAUUUUUUUAUUUUUUGGUCAUUCCUGAGGAGCCUUGUUUUUCAUUUGUGAAUGGAUUUAAAGUGUUGAGUUCAACUGUGAAGGAAGGGAAAAGGUUUGCUAAAGAUGUACCUCCUUGCCGAAUACAUCUCGUGUACAUUUCCAAUUCCUGCCAUUAUAAAAACGAGUAUCGUGUGGUUUGCCUCGGUAGCUGGUUCCAUUUCAGUUGGCUUUCUUUUUCUAAACAGCCAUGGAAGGAGGGAAUAUACCAGUUUGGGAAAGAAAGGAAAAGAGCCAAUUGCCUGGAAGGAGGGAGCAAUUGCAAACUCUUAUUUCCCACUCUGUGUGCGGGACAGAUGGGACAGUGAAGCUGUGAAGCAGUGAAGAAGCAGUUAAAUUAUUAUUGUGUUUAUUUUUGGAAGCCUGUGAACUGUUUACAUGCCAUCUGCACUGCCCCGGUACUCAGUUCUGGAGAGUAUAAAGGGAGCAGUCUCGGAACCCCCGCAAGUUUCAAAGAAACCUAUUCAAAUCAGAGUAGCACACUGAGCUUAAACCCACCGCUCUUGGACUGUGUUCCCUCUACUCAAGAGGGGUGAUUUCUUUGCCCUAGAAAACCAAUAAAAAGCUCAGUGAUGUUUUACUAUG